UGCCGACUCUCAGGGGAUUGCAUUUCCUUCCAUGUGUAAGAGAGCUGGCUAGUUAGCAGCUGGAUAUUGUCUCAGUGGCAGCUGUUGCUGUUGACAACUCUGUUCCAGCUGCACAUGCUGAAGGGUGGCAAUGAUUCAGCACUUUGCGAACCUGGAUUAACGUGCACUUUGCCUUCCCACUUCCCACCCACAUUUUCCCAAAUGUCCCCACUUCCAUUCGCCCCAUCCCGAAGGUGUGCUUCUGCACCGAGAAACUAUUACCUUUAGAAAAGGGGAGAGGACCAUGUUACCCUGACAGAGUUUCUGUUACAUGUGGAGGUACCGUUUGUCUAUCUCCUAGGUAACGCUCGUUUUUCGGAUGCACAGAAUAAGAGCCAGCCUCCAAGGGUCUGUAAUCUUGUGAGUCGGUUUAAAAGCAAGAGAAAGAAAACUGUUAAUGAUUCUCCAGGAAGGGAUUUUUUCGACUUCAAAAUGCCAGUUCGAAGAGGGCACGUAGCGCCCCAGAAUACCUACUUGGACACUAUUAUCAGGAAAUUUGAAGGUCAAAACCGGAAGUUUGUAAUUGCAAAUGCUCAGAUGGAAAGCUGUGCCAUCAUCUAUUGCAAUGACGGUUUUUGUGAAAUGUUUGGGUACUCCCGUGUGGAAGUCAUGCAGCAGCCUUGUACAUGCAGCUUCCUUGCAGGGCCUUGCACAGAAACAUCUUCUAUCACUCAACUCACUCAGGCACUGCUUGGAUCUGAAGAGCGGAAAGUAGAAAUUCACUACUACAGAAAAGACGGUUCCUGUUUUCCUUGUCUAAUUGAUGUGAUCCCAGUGAAGAAUGAAGAAGGAGCAGUCAUAAUGUUCAUUUUGAACUUUGAAGAUCUGGCCCGAGCAUUAGCAAAAAGGUCAAAAAGGGGUUUCCAACACCGGCUCUCCCAUGGAUGCUUCAGCGCAAACAACAGUAGAAGAUUAUCUCUAAACCUGCCAUCCCUUCAAAGAAUUUCACUUCGAAGGUCACUGCCAAAGGAAGAGUUAGAUGGAGUGGUUAUUGACUACUUAAAGCCAAGUGAUGAGUCCCUGAUCUUGAAAGAGAUAAAAACCCCUUCUAGAGAGAACUUCACCCAGUCUGAGACAGAGGCCCUCAUAGAACAUGACAAAAAGCCAAGUCUUGAAGAGAUUUCAGAGCCCAGAGAUCAUUCUUCUCCAAAGCGGGACAGAAGGCAACAGCUAGAUGCUACACUGCAAUAUUCAACAUCCAGCCUGUCCCGAGCCCACUCCAGUGACAGCCUGCGGAGAGCAUCCUCCGUUGAUGAUAUUGAAGCUAUGAGGUCAAAAGGCCAGAAGAAGUUCAGAGAGAGGAGGGCAAACUCAGCUGGUGCCAAGCACUUUAAGACAAAGCUUCUGAACUCCACAUCGGAUUCGGACCUCAUGAAGUACAGAACAAUCAGUAAAAUCCCACAAAUUACUCUAAGCUUUACAGAAUUUACCACAGAGAGACAUCGAACUCCUUCCCCUUCUGAGAUUGAGAUAAUUGCUCCUAGCAAACUGAAGGACAGAACACAUAAUGUUACAGAGAAAGUGACACAGGUGCUGUCACUAGGAGCUGAUGUCCUUCCUGAAUACAAACUGCAGGCUCCCCGCAUUCACAAAUGGACAAUUUUGCAUUACAGCCCUUUCAAGGCAGUUUGGGACUGGCUAAUUCUCCUUUUGGUGAUCUACACUGCUGUUUUCACACCAUACUCGGCAGCAUUCUUAUUAAAUGAUCAGGAAGAAGAAAGGCACUGGGCCUGUGGAUAUUCCUGCAACCCUCUUAAUAUUGUAGAUUUCAUAGUAGACAUUAUGUUUAUCAUUGACAUAAUCAUCAAUUUUCGGACCACCUAUGUAAACAGUAAUGAUGAAGUGGUAAGCCAUCCUUGGAAAAUUGCUGUCCAUUACUUCAAAGGCUGGUUCCUCAUUGAUAUGGUGGCAGCGAUUCCUUUUGAUCUUCUAAUCUUCAGAUCAGGAUCUGAUGAGACAACAACACUAAUUGGUCUUCUAAAGACAGCACGUCUUCUUCGGCUUGUACGAGUAGCCCGAAAGCUGGACCGCUACUCAGAGUAUGGCGCUGCUGUUCUCUUUCUUCUCAUGUGUACUUUUGCUCUAAUUGCCCACUGGCUGGCCUGCAUCUGGUAUGCGAUCGGCAAUGUUGAGAGAGGAUACAUGGAAAACAAGAUAGGCUGGCUGGACAACCUUGGUGAACAAAUUGGAAAGCAAUACAAUGACAGUGACAUUGCCUCAGGUCCUUCCAUCAAGGACAAAUAUGUGACAGCUCUCUACUUUACCUUCAGCAGCCUUACCAGCGUGGGCUUUGGGAAUGUUUCCCCCAACACAAACUCAGAGAAAAUCUUUUCAAUCUGUGUCAUGCUCAUUGGAUCCUUGAUGUAUGCCAGCAUAUUUGGCAAUGUUUCUGCCAUCAUUCAGCGACUGUAUUCUGGCACAGCACGUUACCACACCCAGAUGCUACGUGUGAAGGAAUUCAUCAGGUUUCAUCAGAUUCCAAACCCUCUCCGACAGCGACUGGAGGAGUACUUUCAGCAUGCGUGGUCUUACACCAAUGGGAUCGAUAUGAAUGCAGUGCUAAAGGGGUUUCCUGAGUGCCUACAGGCGGACAUUUGUCUCCAUCUGAAUCGUUCCCUGCUGCAGCACUGUACGGCUUUCAAAGGUGCAAGCAAGGGCUGCCUGCGAGCCCUGGCUAUGAAGUUUAAAACUACACAUGCUCCACCAGGCGACACACUGGUCCACUAUGGUGAUGUGCUGACUGCACUAUACUUCAUAUCACGUGGCUCUAUCGAAAUUCUGAGAGACGAUAUUGUGGUAGCAAUUUUGGGCAAGAAUGACACCUUUGGAGAACCUCUCAAUCUAUAUGCACGACCUGGGAAGUCAAACUCAGAUGUUCGAGCACUCACCUAUUGUGAUCUACACAAAAUACAGCGGGAUGAUCUCUUGGAAGUGUUAGACAUGUACCCUUUGUUUUCAGACAACUUUUGGAGUAAUCUGGAAAUCACUUUCAAUCUCCGAGAUGCAGAUAGCCUUCCAAGAUCUCCACUGACUGAAGACUUUGACUGUGGGUAUCGUCGAGUCCGGAGGAGAAGACAUUCCUAUCGGCGGAGAAACAACCCUGACAGUGCUGACAGAGGAGGUUCAGAACUUGACCAGUAUCGUCACUACUCUAAACUUAACGAGCGAUGGGGUGACACCGCUGGGGAGCCAUGGGAUGAAGAGAGGUGUAGUAGUACAACUCCAUGCUCUCAGACAAGUGAUGAAGAAGCAAAACCUCUGAAUACAGCCGAGACAGAGCACUGCAACACAUUACAAAAGGAGUUUACUCCAGCUGUGGUCAGUCUGGUCACACCAGGUCUUGGAAACAGAGUGGCAACAAAAAAUCAUGAAAACACUCACCCUUACUCAGAAGCUCCUUUAGACACUCCUAACAUGUUCAGUUACUGGGGAGAGAACAAGACUGCUCCUUGCCUGGAAUCUCACCAGCGUUCUCUAUUUGCACAUGCCAACUUGUGGACUGCCUCUGGCCAAGAAGGCAAAAUGAAUGACUUAGACACCAAACUGGACAUUUUCCAGGCCCAGCUUAACAGACUGGAAUCAAGGAUGACCUCUGACAUCAGUAUGAUCCUGCAACUUUUACAACGACAGCUAUCGCAAGUCCCCCCAGCAUACAGUCCAGUCUCUCCAGUAUCCCACAAUCCAGCAAUGUACUCUGUAGGGUCAAGGGUCACAGAGUUCAUCCCACCCGAGACACCUUUACAGGAAGAAAACCCUUCAUCUUCUCCACAGAACCCGGUUUAUGCAGAAAUUGAGACAACAAAGUUAAAGCCCAGAGACUCCAUUUCAAGUGUAGGCCAUCUCACUGUGGCUUCUGAUGAAACAAUGACAGUGUACUCAGAGCAGGAACUUUUAAACCAGACUUUAACAGAAGUGAAAACCAACCAGAAGAGCAUUACUACAAUGGGACUCCACAAUGGUUCACGCUAUCCUUCCCUUCCAGAAAACCUAGAAAGCAUUACUGAACUAGCAGACAUUCACAAACGCCUCUCAGAUCCAGUGCUACCAGGAAGCUAGAAACAAAAGCAGAAUCCUGAUGAACUUUAACUCCUUCAUUUUAAAUAUUAUUACAAAAGAUCAAAAUUACCAUUGGCUCAGGGGUUUUAUUAUGUUUGCUGCCAGAGAGGGAGAAAUUUAUACCCAAGAUUUGUUCUCACAAAGGUUCUAAAACUGAGCCGUGUAGGGAUAGAAAUGCAGUCAGCAGUGUGUUAAUAAUCUGCAUCUGUCCUCACAAUUGACCUGUGUUAUAACGAUCUGCAUAAAGCAAGCUUUUAGAGAUCGUGCAGACUUUUUCAGCAUGAGUUUCCUGCAAAAACCAAUAUUUCUGCUGUUUCACACCAUACCAGCUGAAGAAAUUAAUCUACGGUGCCACAGGGUCUGUCCAUACUGUGGUGUUAGGAUUUAGUCAUCUGGUGUUGCACUGAUCUGCAGUGUAAUCUGUAUGCAAAUAUGAACUAGCUAUAGCCAUCUCAAUAGGAAAGAUGCUAAAGCUGGCAUCUAAAUAAGAAAACACUUAGGAUGAAGGUACUCAAUUGGAUGCCUUUUUGGAGAAUGAAGUUAUCCUUUCUUCUAAAUAUCAGGACUAUAGCAAAAAUUGCCUGCCCCUCUGAAAGAAAAAAGUUAAUUUUUCUCAGCAAAGUGCAUUCUCUAAUUUAUGUUAUAUCUGAAGUUAUGUUUCUGUUUUCUAUCCUUUACUGCUUGUUUUCAUGUCUUCUCCUGCUAUUAAACAUGUGGACAUCAAGUAACCUA